UUUUCCAUGGAAGUGAGGGAAACUUAGGAUGUGCAUCCUUGGUAAAAAAUAAUAAUUUUUAAUAGUAAAAAAAUAAAAUAUUUGUGACGUGUUAUGUUAAAUUGUUAUAAAAAUUAUGAAUGAUAUUAUUAUGGGCACCUUAAAAUGAAAUACAUUUUUAUUAAUAAUAAAAUUUAUAUCAUUUUGUAAUUUUACAAAAUUUUGUGAUAUUAUUAUAAAAUGUAUACCAUAUGUAUUGUUUUAGGAGUGGACAUACUCACAUCUCCCAAGCAAGUAAGAGAGAGCAGAAGUGUCAUAUUAAGGAAGACAGUCCCUGCACCACUUCUGGAAUUUGCCAUUGUUUACUUUUUAAUAGUGGUACACAAUUAUUCUGUUUUUUCUUUCCCAUCUUCAAAACCAAAGAAAGAAGAAAAGAGUGCUUAUAGAAAUGAUAAGACAGACAGACACCUUAAUCAGUGGUCACUCUUUUUGACUCUAUCUGCUCUGUUUCUUCUCUUCUCUUCUCUCUCUCUGCCAUUUUCUCAGAUUCCAUGUGAUAUAGAGUUACUUCCUUCAUUUUCACUGCCCUUCUGUUCUUUAGCAAUAGAGCAUACUAGGGGAAAUGACUACUCUCUAUCUCUCUCUCUCUCUCUAUAAAUGAUACCUAAGGUCCUGAGGUGACCUCAUUGGUGCUUCAUUUACUAGUCUGAAUCAAUCCAAGUGUACAAGUACUUGGCAUCUAUGGCUCAACAGGAAGAGGAAGGGUGGCCUUUGGGUUUGCAGCCAGUGAAUGUAAGAGUUGGGUUAGUCAGAAACCGUGAUUUUUAUGUAUCAACAUCAUUCAAUACUUUGCUCACCGGUUCUCUGAGUUCCUCUACAGAUUCUUCAUCUGAUUUAGACACAGAGUCCACAGGGUCUUUUUUCCAUGACAAAAGCAUCACACUUGGGAGCUUAAUGGGUGUUUCUAGCAUUGUCAAUCUCCCUAGAAGAUCAGUCAGAGGAAGAAGACCAGAAGUUUCAGGAGAGAAAAAGAUCUGCAAGCCCAAAACUUGGUGUUUCUCUCUAUGCCCAACGGAUAGUACAGAUGCCGAGACUGUGAACAACAAUACUUUGUCCCUCGGCCACUUUCUAGCAGUUGAAAGAAGGGCUGCCAUUGAAGAUAGAAGGAACCAUUUCCCUCUCAUUUAUGGACCGCAUGAGCUCGCUCUGGCUCAGCCAGAAAGUGAGCAAAAUUCACUGUUUGUUGAUGACUGCGUUGCCCCUCCUGUUCAUUCGAGUCCAUGGUUUGGAUCAGAUAUUGGUGAGAGGAGACAGAACAGAGGAUUGGAGCAUGGUAAUGGUGGGUAUGGAGUUCCAGUGCUGUUUUCAUGCAUGUGUGGACAAGAAGUCCACUAAUUACUAGCUUGUGUGAAAAUUAUCUGUGUGUGUUUCUCACAUUGAUGAUUGAUUUUUGGAAGAGAUUGGAGUUUGAAGUGAAACAGUAUUCCAUGAAGUUUCAAGUUCUUUGAGAAUCCGUCACUUUCUUUUCCUAGUUAAGUGGGGCUUAUAGUUCAGUAGUGUUUAGCACAUGAGAGCUUCUUGCUCUCCAUUAGCCCACUUUAAUGGCAAUUCAGUGCACGAGAUUUCUGUCAGUGUAAAGUCUAAACGAGAGUCAAAUUUAGGUAAUCUUACCCA